UGUAGGAUGCAGUCUGGAGUGAAGACGCUCUCCGCAGGUGGAGGUGCGUCACUCUGCUGCCUGCUUCUCCUCUGGCUCAUCUACUCCCAUCUGCUUAGAGAGGGCCAGUUGGCGGUGGGGACCUGCGAGAUAGUGAUGCUCAACAGAGACAGCAGCGUUCCCAGACGGACCAUCGCCAGGCAGACGGCCCGCUGCGCCUGCCGGAGAGGCCAGAUUGCCGGGACCACCAGGGCGAGGCCAGCAUGUGUAGACGCUCGAAUCGUGCGGAGCCGUCAGUGGUGUGAGAUGGCUCCCUGCCUGGAGGGGGAGGUCUGCAGCCUCCUGUUCAACCGAUCCGGCUGGACCUGCACCAGGGGCAGCGGUCGCAUCAAGACCGUCACGCCUUUGCCUAAGGAGCCAUCGUAGGAUGCAGAAGAAACAGCAAUCUCAUUGACAUCGUUGCUUCUAAAGGAACUGAGGCCAGUCACUACACCAGAACAUUGUGUCCAUUCACCAAUGAGACUCCCAACAAAACUUAACACCAGGUUUGACCUUUAGUAAAAAAAUAAAAUAAAAUAAAUAAAAAAAGAUAAUAAUACUCCAGAGCUUCUCCUAUCACCACAAGAAGUGAAAGACCCUCAGCAGACACUUGUGAGAACUCUGAGAAGUCUCCAGUGAGCAGCAUGGUACACCAUCGGCAUUGAAUCUUCACCACAGCCAAAUUCGUGGACACAUCAUAGGACAAAAUCCCUGUGAGGAAUAUUUAUCAACCGGGCAGUGGAAUAUUCAUUGAAGUACAUUACUUUUUUCUGUUGUCCUUGUUAUCCAACAUCAAGUCUGUAGGGGACAGCUCCUUGAAGAUUUUUCUUACCUUUGUGGCUUGAUUUGUCAGAAGGUCUUUCAGAAGUCAGCCCCUUCAUCUUCUUUACUGUCCCUGCUGUGAAGCUGUCCAGGGUUAUAUUCCAGCCAAGUUUCUUUAAUGACAGUUCGUUGCUAAAGAGUCGGGACUUUACAGAGGUCAAGCCGGGCCUGCAUUGGAUUCUUUUUCUCAUUUGGCUGGCUGAAACUUUAACACCACCAAAAUCUCUGCAUACACACUUAGACGCGGGACGGGACGUUGUGAAAAAGCAUGAAAGUCUACCGGAGACGACAGAGACGGGUUGACUAUCUUUACUCAAUGACAAAAGGUUGUGACGGAAACGUGGACACUUUGGACAACUCAGCUUAUAACUUAUGUUUUUUAUGUGGUGCCAACAUAGACUAGAAAAGUAGUUUUUGUCAAUGAACCUCACACAUCUUGUACACACCACCGGGAGCAUUUAGCAGAUGUGGACCCCUGGCUCAUUUUAAUGGUCUGUGUGUGUGUGUGUGUGUGUGUGUGUGGGCAUGUUAGCAUCUCUCCGUGUGUGUGUGUGUGUGUGUGCGAGUAUGUGUGUGCGCAUUCAGAGAUACACUGUGAAAUAAGUCAUAUUCAAUGAAUUAUUCAUUCUCCUGUAUAUUUUUGGGACACGCCCAGACCAGAGCUCACCAUCUGGCAGGAGAAGCAUUUGUGAUUUUACAGAUGUUGGAUCUCAUUUGAAUCUUCACAGAUGAAUCCUGGUUUUUGCCUUUUCUUUUCUUUCAUGUCUUUCUUUAGUACAUAGAGAUAUUUAUAUGGGGGGAAAUAUUAUUGAAACUGGGGACAGAUCUGCAGUAUGUCACACAAGUUAAAUUCUGUAAUUAAAAUCAAUUCAUGCGUGAUUAAA